CAAACUGCUUCUGCCGUUUCUCCAGUUAACAUGUCCAAACUAGGAAAAACGAGAAUUGAAGGAUGGGUUGGGUGGAGUAUUCUGGCACUUUUGCCAAGAGAUUAACUUCAAAGCAAUGAAGCGUCAAGGCUCUGUUAUCUCCAUCCUCGCGUUUGGGAAGCCGUGGUUCUCUGGUACCAGGAACCAGCAACUCCACCGCUGCAGGGACGGCGUUGUGCUUAGUUCUUAGGCAGAGAAGAUCCUGCUGAGGGAAGCUCCAGGGAAAUGCUGAUGUCCUAAGGUCAUUAGUAUUUGGGUCUCCAGAGGGGACCAGCUCUCGGGCCAGAGUGAGGGAGGUGCACAGUCACCAGAGUGCAAGAGCCCUGUGGUGGCGGGAUAGCAUUGGCAGUGCCAAUUCCUUGUCCUCGCCUCGGGGCACAGCACCCAGCUCGCGCGGCUGUCAGUCAACAUCCCUGCCCCGCCCCUCCCGUAGUCGGACCAAUCGUCGCCGGGGGGUCGGGGGUGAGGCUCCGGUAGCGGGGUCAGGAAGCCGGGAAAGAACGGCCUGACGCCGAGGCCACCGAUCAGAGCGUCCACACAUCCUGUAGGAGGGCCAGCGGCGGGUUAGGAUCGGGACCGGAGCACUUUAUUUUGCGUGACUUACUAAGCUUCUCCAUCUGCCAUGCAGUCUCCAUGAAUGCAUUGGGUCCUGCCUUGGGACACUCCAAUUGAGGAGGUCUAGUCUCUCCUCUACAGAACUCUCAAGCUCACUGACAGGACAGAAGCAAAUUAACCUGAACGCUCAUCCACGGCUCAGCACAAACGACAACGACAUGGAGCUUUGAAGGUGACAGUAGCCUGGUGUCGGCCAUGGGUCAUCAGGACACAGACGGACCAUGUGGACCACUUUCUUCAAACUACGAGUCUUCUGCUGUCUGUUUGCGGUGCUAAUGGUGGUGGUGUUGGUGGUCAAUAUCACUCAGGUGGAGGAAGCAUGGUGGCAUGCAGGCAGACAUGGUGCUGGAGAAGGAGCUGAGAGUUCUACAUCCAGAUCGGCAGGCAGCAGGAAGAGACACUGGGCCUGGCUUGAGCAUCUGAGACCUCUAAGCCCACUCCCAGUGACACACUUCCUCAACAAGUACUUGGACCAUGAGACUCUCUCAGGGACGUUCAUCGACAGCAGUGGACAGUUUAUUUCCUCGCAGGCUACAGGCAUUAGCCGGAAUCCGUACUGUGGGUAUGAGCACCAGACCCUGUCCAGUCAGGAACGCUUAGAAGAGGAUGCCUUGCUUGCCGCCUCCAAGUGGCAGGUGCCUGAUGUGGACCUGGUCCCUUUUGUGAAGAGCACUGACCCUUCUUCCAGCUACUUUGUCAUCCUGAAUUCUGCAGCCUUCUUCAAGGUGGGGAGCCAGCUGGAGGUGCUGGUCCAUGUGCAUGAUUUUCAAGGGAAGCCCAAGAAGUAUGGCGGAGACUACCUGCAGGCCAGAAUACACUCGCCUAAGCUGCAGGCGGGGGCCGUGGGCAGAGUGGUAGACUACCAGAAUGGAUUUUACAAAGUGUUUUUCACCUUGCUCUGGCCUGGCAGAGUUAGAGUGUCCAUUUCUCUGGUUCACCCCAGUGAAGGGAUUAGAGUUCUUCAGUACCUGCAGGAAGCGAAACCAGACAGGGUCUAUUUCAAGAGUCUCUUCCGCUCGGGAAGGAUUUCGGAAACAAUGAAGUGCAACGUGUGUCUGCCGGGAAGUCUUCCCCUGUGCAACUUCACGGACCUCUACACCGGGGAGCCCUGGUUCUGCUUCAAACCAAAGAAGCUCCCCUGCAGCAGCAGAAUCAACCACUUCAAGGGUGGGUACACGAAGGGCCUUCUCACUGCUGCCGACAGUGCUUUCUUUCAGAGUGGUGUCAAUAUCAAAAUGCCGAUCAACUCCAGUGGACCUGACUGGGUGACUGUGAUUUCCAGGAGGAAAAAAGAAACUGAUGACCUAGAAGUAUCUCAAGGUUCAGGAACUUUCCCUUCUGGAUAUUUCUACAAAGACCAGUGGAGGCCCAGGAGGUUUAAGAUGCGCCAUUUUAAUGACCCUGCUAACAUUACAGAAUGCUUGCAAAGAAAAAUGGUGUAUUUAUUUGGUGACUCAACAAUCAGGCAGUGGUUUGAAUACCUCACUAUGUUUGUCCCAGAUUUAGUGGAGUUUAAUUUGGGUAGCCCCAAGAACGUUGGCCCCUUCCUUGCAGUGGACCAGAAACACAACAUCUUGCUCAAAUAUCGCUGCCAUGGUCCACCCAUCCGCUUCACGAGCGUCUUUAGUAACGAGCUUCAUUAUGUGGCAAAUGAACUGAAUGGGAUUGUGGGGGGGAAGAAUACAGUGGUGGCCAUAGCUGUAUGGUCUCACUUCAGCACAUUCCCCUUGGAGGUCUAUAUCCGGAGGCUCCGGAACAUCCGCCGAGCUGUGGUCCAACUCCUGGAUCGAAGCCCUAAGACUGUGGUUGUCAUCAGGACAGGCAAUGCCCAAGAGCUGGGGCCUGAGGUGAGCCUUUUCAACAGUGACUGGUACAACUUUCAGUUGGACACUGUCCUUCGGAGGAUGUUCUCAGGGGUUGGAGUCUAUCUUGUUGAUGCCUGGGAGAUGACCUUGGCUCAUCAUCUACCCCACAAGCUGCAUCCAGAUGAAGUGAUUGUGAAGAACCAGCUGGACAUGUUCUUAUCUUACGUAUGCCCCUUGGAGACCUAACUAUCUUCAAGAACACUAAAGGAGCCGCAUUCAGUGACCUUCCCAAUUGACUUGUAGUAUAGAAAAUUUGUGAUUGACUCCAUGGUCAGAUGGAUACUGUCAAUCUGUUGGACAUUUCAAAAAAGAGCUGUACUUUGCAUACUAACUUGUAAAGAACUUAGGCAGUAUACACUGCGUUUGUGUCUACCUAUAGGAUUUUUCCAUCUUGAUUUAGCCAUCAUAGAGCUCUUAUUAACAGUAUCUACACACUGUAUUGCCCUUGUAACCAAAGAUGCUAAGGAGUGUAUUUGAACUGGCCUCUCCUGGGGUGGAGAUUUCUGUGCUAAUGCCUAUGAGAAGUGUUUUGAGGAAACAGAAUGGAUGGAUUUGGUUGGCAAUGCUGUGUUUGCCACUUACCUGGUAAAGGAAAUGGAGCAUGUCUUCAGGACUAGCACAAGGAUCCCUCCUCAGGACUAGAGAGUGUUUAUUGUCAGAGUUCCCAUGGCCACGCUGAAGACUGCUGUAUCUCAGGAGUUUCUAUUGACGUCCCCCCACCCCAAUUACUUGUAAAGGCCAAUAUGUGUGGUCAGAAUUUUAUAAUAAGGAUAGUAACAAUUUCCUGCUUUUAUCUAGGAAAGAGAUAAAACAGAAGAACAUACAGCGUGUGCUUUGGAUCGGUGUUCACAUUUGAUAAUUGUUUCUUACUUGAUUCAGCCGAGUUUUGUGUGAUGAAUACUUGUUCUAGAAUAACCACUUUUGGAAAUAAAUAUGUAAACAGAAGUUUAUUUUUGUGUUCUGGAAUGUGUGGGUCUUAAGAGCUGACUUUUAUGUAAAGAAUGCUGCUGACCGUCAUAAAAUUGUACAGUUUCUCUAAUCAGCAGUUCCAAGUAUUUCUCUUUUCUUGUAGCUGGCAUGAAGCAUAUGCCGAAAUUAGACAUUCAACCAGAUCAGAAGUUAAUAAAAUUAGAUAUUAAAAUCCAUGACAGGCAUUUUUUUUGAUUUGGGCAUAAAGUAUACAUGCACAUUGUCUCGUCCUUGGAAGCAAAAAGCUACCAUUUAGCUAUCUGCUAUUCCUUCUAGCUUUUUGCCUUUUUGGACUGUGGCUCAAACCAGUGCCUUGGCCGUACUAGGCAGGCACUCUAUCGAGUUACAUUCCAAACUCAUUUCUGGACUUCCAAAAAUAACAGGGUUGGCCAUUUUUUUAUUGGACUUUGUCUUAUUAAUAUUACAUGGCUUUAAAUUAAAAUUAGGAUCAUUUAAUAAGUAGUUUUUGCAUUUUGAGAGGUUAUAAUUGACUUUUGCUUUCCCUGAACAGACAUGUAUAAACGUUGGGGUGUCUUGGGAGAUAAAGACAGAUGCUGAAAGCAAGAAGACUAUGCACCCCUCAAAGGAUGAAAAAUCAGGGCCUUUAGUGUAGAGGGUGGAAGUUCUUUUCCUACUCUGGAGGACCAUUAAGUUUAUAAGAUAUUUUGUGGAGGAAAGUGUCUGAACAGGCCAGUGAAGUUAAAUGUAUUUUGGUAGCUUAGAUUUUGCAGAACUGACAUUUGAACAUGCAUGCUAGACAAGCUUUUUAGCCUUGAGCUAAGUCCCCAGCGCCCCCCCACCCCCACCCCACCCCCUUUUUAAAACCUUUUCAUUUUUAGAGAAAGUCUCAGUAAGUUCACAGGUUAGUUGACCUUGGUUUGUUGCCUACACAGGCUUUGAAUUCGCCAUCUUCCUGCCUUAGCCUCUCCAGUGACUGAACCUAUAGGCUGUGCCAGCAGCCUGGUUAAAAUGGCUUGUUUUCAAUGGUCCCUAAGCUUGUAGGAUUUGAUAAAAAUGAAUUAGGGACUAUACACACCCCCACAUUAUGGAAUUAACCUUUGUGAUAAAUGCCCAGAGAUGCUGGUGCAGUUGUAGGGUUCCACAAUUGAGAAACAGAGACAAAGAGAAGAUUGAUCUAGAGAAGUGACAUUGCUUAUUUAUUAUUUCAAGGCUUAUCAAGUACUUAAUUCUGGUCAUGACUCAAUAGUUUAGGUGAUAUUAGCUCCAUUUUUUUUUAACAGGGAGAACUCAAGUUUGAAUUGGACUAAAGUACACGGAGUCCAUGGCCCUGGGUAGCUACGGCUUGUUUGACUUAUAUAAAGAGGUUUUGUUUUUGUUUUGAGAACUUCUGAACAGUUCCUUAGGGAGGAGUUUGGGAGGAGGCCAAAGAGUCCCUUUCUGGUGAAGUUUCAGGGACCGCCCACCAUUGGUUUAGAGGGAUUUCUAUGGCUGGUCUCUUGUGUCCUUGUUCAGUUUUUGCUUCUCCGUUUGUUUGCACAAGGUCUUAACGGUUUGACGGCACAUUUUCUUGAAGUCCCUUUUAUAACUUUCAUUCCUCUUUUGUCUUUAUAUACUCCAGUGUGGAAAUUUUUAUAGAAGCUAAAAUGUUAUCUAAAUACUUCCUAUUACAGUUAGAUACAGGUUGAGCAUUUCUAAUCUGAAAAUCCAAAAUCCUCCAAAAUCUAAAGCUUUUUCAAUCAAUGGGUCACACUCAAGAGACAGAUGUGGGGCUGGAGACAUGGCUCAGAUUUCAGAGUACUUGCUGCUCCUCCAGAGCACUGAGCCUGAAUCCCAGCACCUAUGCCAACUGGCUCACAAACCACCAGUAACUGAUGCUACAGGUAUAUCCACUGCCCUCUUUUGGUCUACAAGGGCCACCUACAUUCAUGUAGCGUUCACUCACACUGACACACACGGAAACAGACAGAGACACAGACAGACUCACACACAUACAGAUAAAAAUACUAAAAACCAGAUGUAGCAUAUACUUUUAAUCCCAGCUCUUGGGAAGCAGAGGCAGGCAGAUCUCUGUGGACUCAAGGCCAGUCUGGUCUUGAGUGAGUUCCACACUAACGAGAGUUAUGUGGUGAGACAUUGUCUCAAAACAAACCAACCAACUAACCAGCCAGCCAACCAACCAACCAAAUACAUUCAUACAAUAAGAAUUAAAAAAAAAAUCUUAAAAAUAAUCUUUAGAAACCAGACAUACUAAACAUUACAUAAAAUUUCCUUCAAGCUAUAUAUAUAAAGUAUAUGUGAGACAUACAUUUCUUACUUAGGCUCGUGACACAUUAAUGAGUUAUAUACAUAUAUGUGUGUGAGUAUAGAUCAUAUACAUACACACACACACACACACACACACACACACACACACACACACACAAAUAC